AUGACGGCAUACUCGAGUUUUGAAUCGUUGUAUCCUUCGUCGUCCCCGGCAACCGAAAACGGUGGGACGAAUACGGUUUCCGCGUCACAAACAAUGACAUCACAGCAACAUCAAGCCCACCAAACAACGCCCGUAAAGAAACAGGAUCAAAACUCUUCACAGCAUCGACAGCCGACUAUGCCCACCACCGGACCGAGAUCCAUUUCUCGGAAGCCGACGGCGUCGACCGGUACCGGCAGCAGCGCAGGGUCAGGCAGAAAGGGGACGGACCGAAAGAGCACCACCCCGACCACCCUGCCGUCGCGCGUGUCACAGAUGUACUACAAACACGGCCUGUUCCUGUCCAGCUACCCAACAACCGCCACCAGCAUUGCGCUUGCAAUCAUUCUCUUCUGUUGCUACCCGCUGCUGAACAUUCCCUUACCGGGGACGAUACCGACCAAAGUGAUUUUCCCGCACACGGAGAGUAUCAGCGAAAAUCUACACCUCAGCAACGCGAACCUUUCGACCGAGUUCUACAAUCCGUUCAGUUCGCUUUCCGGUGGCAACAUGUUCAACAUCUACAACAUCAGCAUCGAAACGCCCUUUGCCUGGGCCCGGAUCGAUCCGUUGCUGUACGUGCAGCAAAUUAUCAUGCGAACGAGUGUGGUCCCUUGGGAGGACGAUCUGCUGUUGACCGAUGCGUUCCGGGGCCCCCUCUACGAGGUGUUUAAACUAGUCGAGAUCAUUCGCAAUCAUGAGGACAAAAGCAAAAUUACGCUCAGCCAUUUGUGUUUGCACGUGGAAAACGUGAAACGAUCAUCGCCACAAACCCUGUUCCCGGAGUACAACUGUCUGGUGCUCUCACCGGCCAACCUUUGGCAGCAGAACAUCCAAAGCUUCAACAAGGACAACAAUCUGUUAAACACAAUUUUCGUCAAUCAUAAUUUACAAAAGUCCAAAGUAUCCACGGCGGAAAUGUUGUUCGGUAUACCGUUGCGCGAUACGGGUGUGAAGCGCUAUCCGAUGCGUGUCCGGCCUCGCACCAUCCAGUACGCGGUCACGCUUAUCCUGCGAGAGAACAAUCCUUCCUUCAUCGAAUCGUUGAGGCAGAAACUAAUCCGCACCUAUCCACUGCACCAGGCGGAAGUCGAGGCAGCGACCGACCUAGAGAACGGCGAGCCGGCAGAGAAAGUAAAGCCACCGUCACCAGCUACACCGCAAUCCAUCAUGUACAUGUUCUACCCGGGAGAGUUCAACUGGAAAGAAGUGUUGCCCCAGUGCAUGGCGUUCUGUGUGCUGUUCAGCUACGUCUACUUCUCGGUGCGCAAAAUCGAAGCCAUCCGUUCCCGGCUCAUGCUCGCUUCCUGCGCGGUGCUGACCGUCCUCGGGAGCCUCCUGAUGUCGCUCGGAUUGUGCUUUUUCUUCGGCCUCACCAUCAGCUUCCAGUCGAAGGGUGUCUAUCCGUAUCUGGUGAUACUGGUCGGGCUGGAAAACGUACUCGUCAUUACCAAGAGCGUGCUGACGACGGACUGCAAUCUCGACGUAAAAAUUCGGGUUGCGCAGGGCCUCAGCCGGGAGGGGUGGUCGAUCACGAAGAACCUCCUGACGGAGAUUACCAUCCUGACGGGCGGCCUGGCAACGUUUGUGCCGGUCAUUCAGGAGUUCUGCAUCUUCGCGAUCGUGGGCCUCGUGUCGGACUUUGUGCUGCAGAUGCUGUUCUUCGCCACCGUGCUGGCAAUCAAUAUUGAGCGCGUCGAGUACAGCACGGAGGUGCGCCGACUGCCGAAGAUGCUGUACUUCAACAAUGAACUGCGACGUGGUGGUGGUGGUGCCGCGGGUGCCUCACCGAUCGGUGCUGCCGGUUUGACACUGGAUAAGGUGCGCAAUGGAAGUGCCGGCGGCUCGAUGAACCGGUCACGAUCUCACCCGAAGCUCGCGGGACUGGAACAAACGGCGGUCGGGGUGGGACAUCAGAAAACGGCAGGCUUGAGCGGAACAACAAACAGUGGAAAAGAGCCAAAGAUUCCCAAACGGUUGCGAAUUGUCAAUUUCUGGGCCAGGACUCGGUUCUUCCAGCGUGGGUUCAUGAUCUGGAUGGUGCUGUGGAUUUCGAACAUCAUCUACAACACGGGACUGAUCGAGGAGCUGUUUGUGAUCGAUCGAAACCUAUCCGCGGGACACGAUCCGACGCCAUCGGCACCACUGGAGGGCAUGGGUGGUGUUUCGUUAUCGAACCGUUUUGAGCUCGACCUAGGACGGGAGCUCCCUGAAGAGUUUACGCCCCACACCUUAGAAACGGAUCGGCACAGCUACCAUCAUAAAGUGUCGGCAAGCGAGCGCCCCCUGAGUGGUGAGCGGGGAACGCUGAACGUCACCGAGCAGUUGAAUCGGCUCAAACACCCGGACUACGAGACGGUUUAUCUACUUUCCAACUUUCACUGGUCGUCGAUCCUGAAGCAGUACAACGUGUCACUCAGUGGCCGGUACGUGACCGUCUUGCCCGCGAUAAAGCUGUCCCAUGCUGUCAACCCGCCCACAGCGAUCGCGCUGCGCAAUGCCGACGAAAAAGAAGCUCCCCGCCACUUCCAGUGGAAAGCGCUGGCCGCAGCGCUGGAUCCGCUCGAUUUGAACGACAUUGAUCCGGGCGAUGAGCCGCCGGGCGGUGGUUCGAUUAGUAACGCACCGUUCUAUCCGAAAACGCCGAUGGAAAUCCUACUGGCCUGUAUGCUGCUCGCGGUCAGUACGUUCGUAGUGACGUACACGCUGGUGGUUCUGUAUCGGUGCGUGUGCACCCGAAACUACGCCGAAUGGCGCGCGAGCUGGUACGCGGAGAGCGUGGCCAACGGAGAAGGUGAUACAAAGGCGGAACAGUGUCUGCUGGAAGGUGUUCCGAUACAGGUGAACGGUCAUGCGCACCGCAUCGAGUGUCUCGUGACGGAUGGCAACAUGAUUGCGAGCUCGUGUCUGCAGGGUCAGGUCAAAGUUUGGGACAUCACUAACGGAGAGCUGAUGGCGGAGAUCGAUCGGUGGAAUUACUUCGAGAUGCAGCAACAGCGGGCAAGCUCGUCCUCACCGACCACAUCCGAGAACGGUGUGUUGCUGAAAGCCGACGGUGGCCGGGGAUCGAUAACGGGCAUUCAGGAAGCAUUCCCGGCCGCCAAUGGUGGCGAUUCGUUACCCCCUACGCCAACGUCCGGUUCACCUCCCAAAAGCGAUGCCAGCUGUAACCAGCAAAUUCUCUCCUCGUUUAAGUUGAAAAAGAAACUGCAUUUUAACUUUUCCAGUCUCCAGGACGAUGCUCCCUUGUCCGCUACGGCUCCACCCGAUCCGAAGCUGUUUGACUUUCGCGCACAAUACGAACGAUUUUUUACGCCCUGUCCACUGCCACCGCGAAGUGACAUUGUCACCGGCGGAAGUGGUAGUGAUUUGCGGCAUCGUUUCACCCGAAGCGGGCUGCGAGAAGCGGUGAGAACGGUGCCGGUUUCACCCGUCGGAGGAACGGAACACGAACACGGCGGUUCUCCGCGAUCGACUCCGCUCUCGAGCGAAUGUCCACAGCCACCGGGGUCGGCUAGUCCGCCGUCAUCGAAACACCAUCGCGUCUCACCGAUCUGGUGUUUGGACUUUUUGGACAAUCUCAUCGUGAUCGGUUGUGCCGAUGGGCGGCUAGAGUUCUGGGAAGGAACGACCGGUAGUUUUAAGUGCAUUUACGAGACAGAGAACACACACAACAAUGGCAUCACCGAGAUCAAGCUAUCCGGUGACCGAGUUAUAGCGGCUCGCUUGAGUGGUCGCAUAGACUUUUUCCGACUCGAAACGUACACCCAGGGACGCCAAAUUGAUUGGGGUUUUACGUCCACGUAUCGCCGAACCCACAUGCGGACAGGGUCGGCCGGAAGCUUGAGUUCAUUCCAGGCAGCAACUGGGCCCGGUCAGCACACAUCCUCGGACUCGGAAGAACUCCGGUGCAUCUUGGAGUUCCAGCAUCAGGGUCAUCAGCAGCCAUUGACGUGCCUGGAAGUGGCGGGAAACAUCGCCAUGACCGGCAGUCAGGAUCAUACCAUGAAGGUGUUUCAAAUCCACAACCAUCAGCUACUGUACACGCUGCACGGCCACUGCGGACCGAUCACCUGCAUGUUCAUCGACCAAUGGCAAUCCGGAAUGGCGGGCUCGGGCUCACAGGACGGGUUGCUGUGCGUUUGGGAGCUGACGACAGGUGCAUGUAUGUACAAAAUUCAGGCACAUGACGACUCAAUCGUCGCCCUCGCCGGGUCUCCCAGCUAUGUGAUAUCGCUCGGACUCGACGAGCGGAUACGAGUGUGGGAUAGGUUUCAGGUGCACCUACUAAGCACAAUCACCGUCAGUCACGCGUAUUCUGCGUUGGUCAUGCUGACCCCGUCACUUCUCGUGACCGGCAAGCCAGGGGCUCUCGUCGUGUGGGACGUUCGAAGUGGUGAAGUGGCGCGCGAAGUCAAGCUAGACUGCUCCAAUAUGCAGCUCUGUCCCACGGUCAUGCUCCCAGCGGGAGGUUCAGUGAUUUGUGAUUAUGGCAACCAAAUGCGUAUCGUUCGGUUCCCGCUGGUGGCUGCCGACAAAUGCGACUAAAUUGGUGCGACUUCCCCUUAUGCCCUAAUUUGUUUUUCUUAUGCUUUCUUACGCGCCGAAUGUUAGAUAGAACGAUCCAAAGCUGGUUUAUUAUCUGAUGAAAGUUCCAAAACUGGUAUGCGAUGUCCCGUGUACUACCCAGGCUGCGGCUCUCUAGACGAUCAAUGUUCCUUUCGGCAAUAGUUACGUCCGUCGUUAUGCUUCUGGCGCUGUUUGUUUUGUUGUUCAUACUGUUGAUAUUGCCAACAACUUGAGUGUAUUGUUGC